AUGGGAUUAGGGCUAGGUAUUGUUGUCACCACUGAUAGCUUGGAAAUUGAUGCUCAGAGAAGUGACUUGCCUGAGAUCAUCUGUCAAAUAAAGGAAAAUGCAGUAGAACGGUUUAUGGCUCAAAUAAAGAGACUUAGAGAAAAGAACCAAAAGUAUCAUGAAAGAAACAGACGCUUGAAGGAUGAACAGACUUGGCACAUACGGAACCUACUGAAGGAGCUGAGUGAAGAGAAGUUGGAGGAAUUACCAGUUGUAACAAGAGAAGAUGUUGAAGAAGCAAUGAAGGAAAAAUGGAAGUUUGAAAGAGACCAGGAAGAAAACUUAAAAGAUAUGCACAUGCAAAUAAAUAAUGCUGAGAAACUAUUUCUUGAGAAACUCAGUGAGAAGGAAUACUGGGAAGAGUACAAGAACGCAGGGAGUGAACAACAUGCUAAACUCAUUAUCUCCUUACAAAAUGAUAUCAAUACAGUUAAAGAGAAUACAGAGAAAAUGUCAGAACACUAUAAAGUCACUCUGGAAGAUGCUAGAAAGAGAAUAAUCAGAGAAACUUUGUUGCAACUGGAUCAAAAGAAGGAAUGGGCCACGCAGAAUGCCAUAAGGUUCAUUGACAAAGGCAGCUACCGAGAGAUCCGGGAGAAUGACUGGCUAAAAAGAGAGAUUGCAAAUCACAGGAGGGAAAUUGAAGAAUUAGAAAAUACUAUUCAUAAACUGGAAGAAGAAAACUUGGUGCUUAUUGAUCAACUAUUCAACUGUAGACUUGUGGAUCUCAAAAUACCCAGGCGACUGUAUCUUACUCAAGCUGCUGGACAGACAGUGACACCUGAAGUGCCUUUGGAGUUGCCAGAAACAUUUAAAGAAGAGUCAAAAUUGCAAUCUGUAGAAGUAAAAAGUGGAAACACAAUGAGCUCCUCAGCUGAGAGCUGUGCUUUGUGUGUCACUCGUGAGGAUGGGACCAGGUACAGCAAGGACCUGAAGACAGAUGAGGAAAGCGACUCAUGCACAGGGUUUGGGGACUCUGAUAUGAAAUACUUACUGUAUGAGGAUGAUCAGGAUUUCAAGGAUUAUGUCAACUUGGGUCCCCUCCAAGUGAAGCUCAUGAGUGUGGAGAGCAAGAAGAUGCCCAUUCAUUUUCAAGAGACAGAAAUUCCAGUCAAAUUCUAUGAAGAUGUCAAGAGCCCAGAAAGCUAUAUCACAUACAAAAUGAUGAAGUCUUUUCUCUAA